AUGGUCAACUUCUCAAGAGUUUAUGGAAAAGGGUUGGUCAAAAUACAACACCUUGCAGAAGAUGCCAAUGAAGCAAUGAGUAAAUACCUUUUGGAAAAACUGAAAAUGAAAGAAAAAUGGUUUGGAGUUUGGAAGACCAAUCCAGAACUUUUCUUCAUCAGUUCUGAAGAUAUCCCAAUACCUUUUGUUGGAAUACUUGUUGAAGUAACCUGCAAACCACCUCAGAACACCUCAUCUCACUUGAAAGCUUCUGUAUCUGUUGCUGAACCAUUUUCUUCGAAUAUUGCAAAUAUUCCAAGAGAGCUAGUUGAUAAUGUUUUGGAUGAACUGGACCAUUGCGUACCUCUGCUGGAAGUCUACCCUGUUGAGGGCCAGGAUAAAGUAGUAUUUGAUAUUGCUCAGGCUUUGGAUGUUGUGAGGUUUUUCUAUGAUUUCCUUUGGAGGGACUGGGAUGAUGAUGAAAGUUGUGAGAGCUAUGCAGGACUUGUGGAAGAGAGAAUUAAACUGUGGUGUGAUAUUGAGAAUGGGACUAUUCCUACGCCGAUUGGUCAACGUUUUAGAAAAAAUCUGGAGAAGUAUAAAAACAUGCAUUUGGAAUUGAUUCAGUUUCAAAGUAAUAUUAAGGAAGAACCUACAGCAGAAGAAGCUAUUGAAUGUUGGAAAAAAUACUAUGAAUUAGUAAUGCUAUGUGGAUUGUUGAAAAUAUGGGAGGACCUUCGCCUCAGAGCUCAUGGACCUCUGACCCCAAGAAUACUGAGGCGUAGGAGAGGAUACAGAGAUGAUGAGAAAACAGUAACUCAUAUUGUAGCUAAAACAAUGACAGCAGAAAUGGUUAAAGAUUUUGCUGUCGAUACGCUGCUUCAACAACAUGAUGAUUUAAACAUGGCUUUGGAUAGCUGUUACAGUGGUGAUAAUGUGGUCAUUUUCCCAGGCGAAUAUAAGGCUGCAAACCUCUCCAUGUUAACUGAGGAUAUUAUUAUUCAAGGAACUGGAAAGCCAGAAGAAAUUGUGAUCGUUUCAGAGCCUACUCAUGAGAGUUUUGUGGUAUCCAAAGCUCAAAAUGUGAAACUAAUGCACCUUACUUUAGUACAACAAGGAACUGUUGAUGGUAUUGUGGUGGUUGAAUCUGGUCACAUGACUUUAGCAAACUGUGUAUUGAAAUGUGAAGGAACUGGAGUCUGUGUGCUUACUGGAGCUUCUCUGACUAUUACAAACAGUGAAAUUACAGGAGCUGAGGGUGCUGGUGUUGAGCUGCACCCAGGAAGCACAGCCAUUUUGGAGGGCAACAAAAUUCACCACUGCAAUAACUUGAAAAUCAGUGAGACUUCACAGAGUGCCCUAGGUGGAAUUAAUAUUAAGGUUAUUCCUGUUCCCAAACUGAAGAUGAAAAACAAUCACAUUUAUAACAAUAAUGGAUAUGGAGUGACCAUCCUUCAGCCUACAGAUCAGCUCUCUACUGCAGGAGGGAUACUAGAAUUUACUGCAUCAGGAGAUGCAGAGGAAGAUACACUUUCCAAACUAAUGCAUGAAUUGAGCCUAGAGAUGAAUAGCAACACACUAGAGGAUACCAAGGGCCUCAGCAUAGUUAAUAAUUAAACAUGCAUUUGAUGUAUGUUUUGGUAUAUAACAAUUAUUUCAUUAAAACAGCAGUACUCCAAGUUGAAGA